AUGGCUCCAGGACGUAUCGAUUCCGUGUCUGAACCGACAACAUCUCAGAAGCCGACAGUCUACCUGCUAGACUCGUUUCAUCCAGAAGCCACAAAAUACGCUCAGGAUUUAUUUGAUGCAGUCUUGCCUACCGAUCCGCGGCACUCACAAUGGCGACAAAAGGCGGAGUACCUCCUGAUUCGGGGUUCGUCUCUGACCGCCAAAGACAUCAAGUCAUGUCCAAACCUGAAGGCGCUUGGCAAACAAGGUGUUGGCAUAGAUAAAAUUGAUGCAGAGGCCUGCAAAGAGCGUGGCAUCAAGAUCUUCAACACGCCAGGUGUGAAUGCGCAAGCGGUGGCCGAAACAGUGCUGGCGCUCACGAUGUCUGUCGCUCGUGAAAUUGGUCGAAUAACCGCCAUCCAAAGUCGCGGCGACGUGAUACCAAAGGAGCAAUGCUCAGGAUUGAUCAUUAGCCACAAGACCAUCGGAAUCGUGGGUAUGGGCAAUAUUGGCCAAAGUGUCGCGAGGAUAUUCCAGAGCGGUUUAGGUUGUAAUAUUGUCGCGUACGACCCGCUGCUGCCCAAAGAUGCGUGGAGCGAGGUUCCACACAAGCGGGCAGAGACCCUCGAAGACCUUCUCGAAGCUUCAGAUGUCGUCACUCUGCACAUCCCGCUCUUGCCUCAAACGAGAAACCUGAUCUCUUAUCGCGAACUCUCCAUAAUGCGAAGGAACGCUAUCCUUGUGAACACAGCGCGAGGUGGCAUCAUCAACGAAGCCGACCUAGAGCGCGGGCUGAAGGAUAACCUUAUAUGGGGUGCUGGCCUUGAUUGUCACGAACAAGAGCCUCCGACCAAAGACCGUUAUGGAGGGUUGUGGGAAACAGGCCGGGUAUUAUCGACGCCUCACGUAGGAGCUGCAACUGCGCAGACACAGAUGGAGACGGCAAUGGCGGCUAUAGAUCAUCUCUCAGAUUACAUACGCACAACUCAAGCGUAG